GUGUGAAUAGUAUUAAUUUCGAUUUACUGACUCUAAUUUUCUCAGUAUUCGUUGGUCCCCCCAUGCUUUUUUUUUUGUGUCUGUUGAUAAGUGCAGAGCGCUGGUUAUUAAACGAUUCCAUGGCGGAUUGUCAAGAAAGCGGAAUCUCAAAAUAUAGAAGGAGCAAACUACUGGCCGAUAUCUGAAGAAACGGACAGUAGAUUUGCAACAGCAUGACACCGUUUGCAUUUGUUUUUGCCUCUCGGGCUUAACAGUUAUUAUAUAACUGACCGUCGUUUCAAGGAAGGUAGCUUCUCUCACCUGGACCAGGCGUGGUCGCUGCCACCGUCAACUCCCUUUUCCUUGAUGGCAUCUAAUGUAGAAAAAGUAAAAGACUGCCCUCUAAUCUAGCAGCUACAAAAAAAGAGAGAGCGUGUUGAGAGCAGCAGUGUUUGUCAACUGACCUUUCCAUGAAUGAGGUAGGAUCUGUCUUACAUUCCUACUUCUUGUAAAAGUGUUCAAGUCAUCAAGUGAACCAAGGACUAGACUCAAGUGACCAACAACACAUCAUGCUAUUCGACUGCGAUGAGUGUAUGAAUCUCUCGGUUCAAAACAGUACAUCAAUGCCAUGUAAAAAGAGAAUUAAUUCUUACAAUGACAGCAAUCCAUAUAAAUGCCAGAUGUGCAACAUCAGUAAUAAGGGUGGCUGCUGUGGAGAUGAUAAUGAGGAGCAAGGGGAAUGUAUCAACCCUUCAUCCUGUGGAAGUGUAUCAUCAUAUGGAGGAGACUGCUCUAUGUCAUGUGCUGAAAAGAACUGUAACUUUCAACUACCCCCACUACCAAUGCCACCACCCAUAUCAGGAAUAUCACCAAUGCAGGGUAGUCCACUUCCACCCAAGCUGUUUGACUGCAAGAUCUGCUGGAAAGCAUUCAGUCAGCGAUCACAUGUUAGUGUUCACAAACAGAUCCAUUCUGCAGUUUUGCCCUACAAGUGUGAUCUGUGUGAGAAGAGCUUCCCACGUUUGCAAAACUUGGAACGUCACAAGAAAACACAUGAGGAUGGCAAAUUGUUCAACUGUGAAGUUUGCAGUAAAAGUUUCCGCCAGCGAUCGCAUCUCAAGGCUCACACCCGUGUGCAUUCAGGUGAGAGACCAUUCAAGUGUGAGGUAUGUGGUUAUGCAUUUUCUCGAAAUGGCAAUCUGGCCAGGCACAAUAAAAUGCACAGAUCCAAAAAGAAACACUUGUUUGAAAAUUCAUCAUCAGAAAAUGCUUUGGUUCUUCCACCUAAAAAUGCUUCGAAAAAGAAUGGCAAGUUACACAAAAAUGGUUUCCUUAACAAAAACACAAACAAAGACUGCUUGAUUUACAAGAAAGGAAAUUUAUUAGACUGUGCCAUUUGUUGGCGUGUUUUCAGUCAACGUUCACACAUUAGUGUCCAUCGGCGUAUUCACAAGGCUGUUCAGCCUUACCAGUGUUCACUUUGUGGCAAAUCUUUUACCCAGUAUGGCAACAUGCUAAGACAUAAGCGUCUACAUAUGGGUGAACGUAGGUUUGUCUGCAAUGUAUGUCCAAAAGCCUUUACACAGCGUACACAUCUGAAAGUGCAUCAACGACUGCACACAGGAGAAAUGCCAUUUAAAUGUGGCAUUUGUGGAUUCUCUUUUACCAGGAAUGGCAAUCUCAUGCGUCACAUGCGACUUCAUUCAAAGUUAGGGCAAUUUGGUCCUCCUGCAACAAACAUUCCUGAGACUGGACAAGCUGUGUUCCCACAAAACCUGCAUUUAGAUGAAGACGAUAAGGAUGGAAGUAACUGCAACAUGGGUUUGGUGACUAAUCAAGGUGAGGAGUGCGACCAUGCAGAUGACACAGACAACAUGCAGUUGGACUGUGGUGCUUGCUGGAGGAACUUCACACGUUCACAGCAAGUGAGUAGCAGCAACAAAUGGAUGCAAACACAGUUGCAAACAUUUGCUUGCAACAUCUGUGGCAAAGGUUUCACCAACAUGAAUGAUUUGGAGCGCCAUCAACGUGUACACAUGCCUGGUGCCAAGCGAUUCCCAUGUGAAGUGUGCAACAAGACCUUCUCACAGAAAUCCCAUAUGAAAGCUCACAUGCGGAUACACACUGGCGAGCGACCAUACAAAUGUGAAGACUGUGGCUAUUCAUUUUCCCGUGUCGGCAACUUGAUACGUCAUAGGCGUGGGAACAAGAAAAAAGGAAAACGGUGGAGUUGUGUCAACAGACGCAACCUUGAAUCAACUGCUGUUAGCAUCCCUAAUACAACCAUCAGUAUCACUUCAACCACCACUACCUCCACUACAAACAACAACAACAACAGCAGCAGUAACAACAGUAACAAUAACAGCAAUAACAGUGACAGCAGCAAUAAUAUCCAGUCAAGUGCUGACACCAAAGAGUUGCCCAGAGAAACUUGUCAACAAAAUCUUGCCACCCAGAUGGUGACAAGUGGGGUAGAAGAGGGCAGUAUCACCCCUGUCACUAGCGGUGUUGCUAGCAGCAGCAACAGUAGCAGCAGUGAAAACCAAUCAGGUACCAGCCCUCUCACUCACCAAGUUGGUAUCCCACAUCAGAUGUCUGUCCAUCCACGACACUCCAACAUGUCACACCACACCAGUGUGACUUCACAUCAUAGUAGCAGCUCAUUGGGACAAGAUCACCAGUUAGGGUUGUCUUCUGCACAGCAGCAGCAGCAACAACAACAACAACAACAGCAGCAACAACAACAUGCAUCACUUCCACCACAACUUCCUCCCCCGCCACCACCACCCCCUCCGCCCCCACCCCAGACACAUCACCAGCAUCAACCACAAACGCCACACCCAGCAGGUAUGGGGGGGCAUCACCAUCCUCAUCACCCUCAUCAACAGCAACAACAGCAUCAUCAUCAUCAACAACAACAACAGCAACAGUCCCAUUCACACCAUCAAUCACUCAGCCUCCCACCCCACCACCCAACCAGUGUCCUCUCGCAACACAUGAAUGUCUCCACACAUCCACUUGGCAUGCCACAUCAUUCCAGCCUUCCCCGUCACCUCAACAUGAUCCAACCACACCCAGCGACCGUGCCACACCAGCUCAAUGUGUUGCAGCAACACCAUCACCACCAGCAUGCUGGUACUGCACCACACCAGCUCGGCAUAUCACAACAGCUUAACCUUCCACACCACAUCAAUGUUCCACUCUACAUCAAUGUACCAACCUCCACAUAAAGAGAGAAGAGGCUGAUAUAUAUAUAUACACACACACACACACACACACACACACACACACACACACACACACACAUUCAUUGAAAUUCAUUCAUAUCAGUCUUUCUUUUCUAGCAACAUUUCAUAUAUUAUUAAUCAUAUUGAUUAAAAAAGGAAUUUUAUAUCUGAAUAUUUAUUUUCUGAGUAAGACCAAGAAAAUAUAGACUGAUCCUUGCUCUCCUAGUGUAUUGGGGCCACAAUAAUCUAUUGGUUUUCAAAAGACUGAAAUAUCCAGUCUAUUAUGAGAUAUGAUGUAUUAUUUAAUGCUUGUACAUAAAGGGCUGGGGGCUAUACUUAAAAUCACAGAGGAUAAUAAACAAUAAAAAAGUAGUGGUCUUCUGAUUGCAGCCCUCCUGUGAAAUCUGGCUUUGUACAGCUCCUGCCAAACAGUUUUUGUGGAAACUGUGUUCUCAAGGUGGUCAUUAAGCUCU